CAGGGUAGGGUGGGUCCUCCGAGGGAGUUAGUUGUUUCAUACCGGACUUAUUUUUGUAGCGACACAGCCAACAUGGACGCUGAAUCCCAGCGUGUUUUAGAGUAUUUGACAGAAGUUGAGGAAGGAGCAGAGGAUGUCCUCGCCACUAAACAACAGAUUGUGGACCUGGACACAAAGAGAAACCAGAACAGAGAAGCGCUGAACGCACUGAAAACGGAAAUGUCUGAUUCAGAGAAAGUCAAGGUUUGCUUUGGAAACAUGUUCAUCAAAUUUCCCAAAUCAAAGACGAGAGAGAUGAUUCAGAAAGACCAGGAGCAGCUGGAAAAGGAGAUAAACGAACUUCGCAAAGGACUGAAAGCAAAAGUUAAUCGUCUCAAUGAGAUGCAAGGUCACCCUGAGCUGAGAGGCUACAACCUUUCUCCUUUGUCCACUGAGGAAAUCAAAGCUAUGAACAGCAUUUUAAAGAGAUGACAUCAGACCUGCGAACCACUUCAUACUUCUGAAGCCGUACUGUAAUGUAAUGUGCUAUGCUAUCCUGUGGACAAUGUGAUGACACAAUAUCCUGAUCUCUUUAUAAAUGUUUCAGGCCAGGUUCAUGAAGGUGUCCUCUCUUUCCAAAACUGCACAUAACCAGAGGCAUCUGUACUAACACACCUACUGUGUGAGCAUACAUCAUGAGGAUGCUAAUUUGGAGUCUGGUCGGUGCCUUGAUAUGACUACAUCAAGUGUUCUUCCAAAUCAGACAAACAUUUCAAAAUAUUUAUUCAGACAGCAAACCUCAGGCCAAAUGUAAACAAUAGAUACAAUUACAGUUUAUUACAAUUUUAGGUUUUAUCUUUGUAAAUGAGACUAACGAUUCCAAAAUCAGGUAUAAGAGUAUCAUUGUCUCGUUAAAGUAAAUGAUAAGAUCUCAGAACACGGAUAAAUCGGUCCAUACAUUUAAACUGAAAGUGAGCUCAUCCUCAGUGUCACUAAUCUUCAUUGCUAGUGUGUACAAUAAAAGGUCAGUAUGUAAACUGUGA